CAUGCGCUUUAGCCGUUGCCACCAACCAGGCGCUGCUGUCGUUUUCCGCCGCCGCCAUCCUUCAUCCCGAAGCACUAACUCCAGCAACCGGCCCUUAAACAUGAGUUUCACAGUCGAAGAGAGGGGAAACCCGAACUCCCUGAGUUACCGCUUUUUCUUCAAAAAUGCAGAAGGAAAGUACAUCUCUCCAUUCCACGACAUUCCAAUAUAUGCUGAUGAAAGCCAGAACAUCUUCCACAUGGUUGUUGAAGUACCCAGAUGGACAAAUGCAAAGAUGGAGAUUGCUACAAAAGACUUUUUAAAUCCAAUAAAGCAAGAUGUGAAGAAGGGGAAGUUGCGCUACGUGGCUAAUGUGUUUCCUCAUAAAGGCUACAUAUGGAACUAUGGGGCAAUUCCACAGACAUGGGAGGACCCAGCCCAUAAAGAUGGAGACACUGACUGCUGUGGUGACAACGAUCCUAUCGACGUCUGUGAAAUUGGCAGCAGGGUGUGCACACGUGGAGAGGUCAUCAAGGUAAAGGUGCUCGGGGUUUUGGCCAUGAUCGAUGAGGGGGAAACUGAUUGGAAAGUUAUUGCAAUCAACGUAGAGGACCCCGAAGCCAAGGAAUUCAACAACAUCAGCGAUGUCAAGCGGCUCAAACCUGGUUAUCUGGAGGCCACGGUGGACUGGUUCAAGAGGUACAAGGUGCCAGAUGGGAAACCAGAGAACCGCUUUGCUUUCAACGAGGAGUUCAAAGACAAGGACUUUGCCAUUAAAGUGAUCAAGAGCACUCAUGGCUUCUGGAAAGCCCUCAUUUGCCAACAAACUAACGCUGGGGAACUCAACUGCAAAAACACAUGUGUCUCAGCUGGUGACAGCCCAUUCUGCUGCUCAGCGGAUGAGGCCAAAGCUGCUGUUGGUGAGACAUGCCCUUGUGGAAAAGAAGAGCCUAUCCCAUCAUCAGUUGAUAAAUGGUUCUACUAUGAGAGGAAGUGAUCCGGGAGCUGAAAGGUUUCAAGAACAAAAAAAUACAAACUAAUGUGACAGUUAUACUUGAAGAUACAUUAAAAUUAAACACCAGUGGGGUUAUAUGUAGGUCCUCUAUCUUCCUGUAGAUGGAGCACUACUGGUUAGAUACUGACAAAGUAAGUCAAAGGGUACUCAUGUAUUGACUAACAACUUUUUCCUUUAUUUGAACAAAGAUUCCUGCAAGGUUGUGCUGUCAGAUAAAGUACCGAAACUGUGCCUCACAGAAAUGUGUGCUGUAUGACACUGACCUGUUUAAUAAAGGCUCUCUGCUUAAAUUAUUA